AUGGAGUCGUACAUCCGUGAGAGCAAAAAGCUGACCUUCAAAGGCAGCAAAGGGAAGAAGCUACUUCGUUACGUGGACAUCUCACUGAACAACAAAGCCCUGCACGACAGUCACAUAGUGGAGUUGGUGAAGAUUCUGAAAAAAUAUAUCAAAGUGGUCUACGGCACUUAUUACUAUCUCAACAUAGACCUCAGCGAAAACUACAUCACAUGCACGGGAUUAAAGACGCUCCUUAAGUUUAUACUCAAUUGUAGUGACAACAUAGGAGUGAACAUUCUGAAAUUGUACAAAAAUAACAUAAGGGACGAUGGAGCGUCUCUGAUAAAGCAGCUGAUUUACGUUCAGAAAAUUCCGAUGGAAGAAUUGCACCUGUCACAUAACUUCAUCCAAGAUAGCACUUGCAGAGAGUUGUUACUCAGUUUUGUACAAGCCAAGAGGGAAAACAAUUAUGUCUAUCCUAGGUACGAAAAAUAUCAGACUUCCUACAAACCUCUGCAAAUCCCUGUGUGGAUAAGGUUAGAGUAUAACUGUAUUCAGAAUCCGAAGGAGAUUCUCAGAGAAGUUGAAGACUUUGCUAAGAAGAAGAGAGGGUACAAGAGCAACCUAAUUAUCUGUGCUGCUUUAAAAAGCGACAAACGUUGUUGUCCGUAUAAGUGUCUUAAUGCCACUGUGAGGAACACACCAAUCAUGCAUGUGUAUAUGUUUAUCCAUCAGAAGGAUAACAUUACUCAGUCUAUGUAUGCCAAUGGGAAAGUGAUGAAGGAGGAGAAGAGGAAGGAGUUCUCUACCCCCUCUGAGGUGAACGAUGUGGGUAGACUGCACAAUAGCGUCCACUUGGAGCGUAGAGGCGGUGCGCAGGAGGAGGACGAAGAAGCGGCACUGGCCUCCAAGGGGGAUCUAAACGGGGACACGCGCAGUCGUGCCGCGAAAGGUGUUGCUAGAGGUACCUCGAAGGGUCCAUCGAAGGGGGUCUCGAAAAAUUCCGCCAAAAGUGUCGUGAAGGGUGGCCUUCUCAACUGGGUGGAGACCGUAGCGGGCACGACGGGGGGCGCGGGGAAGCCCAAAGAUAGGAAUGACAAGACGACCUCUGUUGGGAAGAGAGUGACCGCCUCGGGGAAGCGCCGCAUGAAAGGCAGCCUCCUUCAUGAUAUGAGUGCUGAUGAGGAGGAGGAAGAAGAGGAAGAGGAGGAAGAAGAAGAGGAAGAGGAGGACGAUGAGGAGGAAGACGACGACGACGAUGAUGAUGACGAUGAUGAUGAUGACGAUGAUGAUGAUGACGAUGAUGAUGAUGACGAUGAUGAUGACGAUGAUGAUGAUGACGAUGAUGAUGACGAUGAUGAUGACGAUGACGACGAUGACGACGAUGAUGAUUACCACUACAAUCGCGGAAACUCCUUAAAGACGGAGUCUAAAAAAGGCCUCAAGGGGAAGGAGAAAAACGGCCAGCUCUCCGACGCGGCCUCCCUUUAUGCAACCAAAAAGGGAGCCGUGGCCGGGGCGCAGACGAACGGGCGGGAUCAGGAGGACUACGACGAGGAAGAAGAAGAGGUGGAGGAGAAUGAGGAGGAGGAAGAGGACUCCCUAGAUGUGACCGACCCUACCAAGAAGAAGAAAAAAGGAAAAAAGAAGAAAAAGAAAAAAAAAAAGAAAAAGGAGAAGGAAAAGGAGAAGGAAAACAUGUCUGUGAGUCCACUCGAGGGGGGAUGCCAGGGGGAGAAGGAGAACGACGAGAACGGUGACAGUGGCAAUGGAGAUUGCGAUGACGAUGAGGGCGACCAUCACCAUCUUCAUCACAAUGAUGACCUAUUCACCGCGGGGAAGAGUCAACUGGGUGCAAUGGGUCACCCCUUUCGGAUGGACAGGGGUGCCGAGGACGACGCGCUCACCUCGGAAUUGUGCCCCCAGCGGAAUGACCGCAUGAACCUGAUGAGCGACACUGUGAGUAGCCUCCCCCUCUACAUCAUCCUAGAUUGCAGCGCUGUUCUCGACAUGAAGGAGAUGUGGAAAGACAACUCCUUCCUGCCCUUUAGUUUCCCCGGACUGCUAUACCUCUACAAUAAUAACUUGUUGAGGGCUAACACGGAGAGAACCAAGGGGGGGAGCACUUCAGCAAGCGGAGGAAGCGAUGGAAGCUGCAUAGAGGGGACACCAAACGAUGCCUUCAUCUGCCUCAUGUGCAGCUACGUUGCGAACGAACUGAAGCUGGUCUGCCAAAAAAGCGAAAUCAUCCGGCAGAAAAUGGUAAAUCUGAAACUGAAUAUCUGGGACAAGUUAUCCGAAUUGGGAAUAAUCGAAUUUUUAAGCGUGCCAAAGGAUUUCAGAGAGAAAAAGAAGACCUUUCUCAAUUCGUCCUUUCUAACCGAAGCACAGAUCAAGCUAGCCAACGAAUACUAUGACAUAUCAGAGGAGACUUUGCAGAUGAUUCAGUUCUCCAUUUUGUGGUCAACGUACAUAUACAAAAUUGGAAACAGAGAAAUCAUCAUUAAGAACGAUUCCAAGGAAAUCAACAAGGGUGAUGUGAAGAAAAGCAGAAAAACGAUUUUUACGGAGGUACUCUAUCUCACGUCGUCUCCAAACAUAUAUUCCUUCUUUGAGUACCUUUACGGGGAGGAUAUGAAUAUUAUCCUACCCCUCUGCGUCACGGUGAAUCAGAUUAAUAAGUACAUUCACGACGAGUACAGUUACGUCGUCGAGUUGCUCUCAAGUGGGAGGCCCGUGGAGGAUAAGGGCGGCAACUUCCUCCUCGAGAAAGCAUUUUUCAAGACGUUCAUAAGGGAGAAAUACGCCUGGUAUUUGAAAGACGGGGAGGAGGUGGCAACAGCGUCAGGAGUGACAAUCGCUGCGGGAGGGAUGAGCAAAAAGAAGAAGAAGAAGAACGGCGCAGCUGCAGGAGGGAGCCCCGCGGACGGCGCCACCCCCAAUAGGAACGCAGACAAGUCAAAGGAUGGCCUCUUCUCAGGACAUGACAAGGGUAGUACCCCUUCUAUAGAGAGCCUCUCCGCUGCUGCGCCAAACCGUACAAGCAGAAGGGACAAGUUAUCAUCCCCCGGGGGGAAGAGAAGCGAUAACGAGUGCCUUAAUAGGAACGUGACAACCGCUGCAGGCGACCUCGACACCAAUGCAUAUGAUUACUAUGAUGUAAAAUCGGUCAAGUCCUUCUCCAAUGAGAACGUCAGUAAGCUGUGCCAGCUGGAGGGUAGCAUUAAGAAUGGGGCACUCGGGAUGCUAAGUAUGAACGGAGGAGAAACCGCAAUGAACUACACAGUGGAGGGUCAAAAAAGUGAGGGACCUCCAAACGUACGGAAAGGGAGAGUGACGGAACAGAUGGGGGGUAACAGACAUCUCCAUCUUAGUGACAACCAUGGAGGAGCGAACAAUGGAGUGAAAAGCAGCAUGGGUGGAAGGACCAGUGAGGAAGACACCCCCAAAGGGGAGGCAAAAGGUAACACAGCGGCUGGUAUGUAUGAGGCAGGUAUGUAUGCAUCUGGCAUGGACGCAAACAAUGUUGCGAAUGACUUGGGGAUGAUGAUGGUCACCCCUCCAGGUGCCUCAGAGAAGGAUGACCCAGCGAUGGGAACCGCACAAGGAGGAAACGACAACAAAGGAAGUCUAUACAGCAUGUUGAUGAAUGCCUUUAAUAGAAAGAAGAAGGGUGCACAGAAAGGUGCACAGAAGGGUACCGAGAAGGGGGCCCAGAGGAGUGCACAGAACGGUGCUGAUAGAGGGGAGGACAACGGCCAGGAAAAGGGACGUAACAACAUUCUUAGCGGUGUUGGUACUAGCCAAAGCGUUAGGGAUAACGUGGAUCUUCUUAACACUCAUGCUGGUGUGUCCACCCAUCUGCAAGAACUACAUCUCGAAGGGGGAAGAAUAGAGAACAACCAGAAUGAUGGAAGCAGCGGAAAUAAUGCAGCCACUCAGUCCCAACUGGAUAUGCAUAAUAGGAGAAUCAAAAGCACAAGCACUGAUCUGAUGGAGCAACUGAUACAAAGCGGUAGUGGGACUUCGACAAGUCAGGUCAACGUUGCCAGCGGGGCAAUGACGAAUGGAGGGGUGGCAGGAGCACAGAUGAGCAUCCCCGCGAAUGAUAAGGAAAUGUACGUUAGUAGUAAUAACAAUAGCGGAUCAAGCCUGCCCCCUGAGCAUUCUCUGUUCGCGUUUAACAGCUCCAUACUGAACGGUGUGGUGCCAAGUGCAAAGGGAGACGUAUCCUUCCAGAACCAAAUGGGUAUAGAUGGAAUGAGCAGUGGGAAGGAUGGCGAGGCAGUGGCCAAAGGGGGAAACGGCGCAAAUGUCAUAGGAGCAGGACUAGGGGGUGUAAACUUUUCCAUGAACGGUGCAGGAAUGGGUACCUUGGCCAAUAUCACAGACCAAGGGAACUCCAAACAGUCACAAAAAACUGCCAUCGAGACGAUAAUCGGUUCAGACAUACUGAACGUUAACGAGAUCGAACUGAAUAACUUCAUGGGAAGCAUCCCGAAAAGUUUCAAUGAUAGUCUAAGUAUGUAUCUUGAUAGUAGUAAUCGAAACGAGAGCUGCUAUGAUAGCAUCGUGCGAGGAGAAAAUAUGAUUCCCUUUUUUAAUCACAAUCUGCUGAAGGAUGAAGCGGAACAGGACUUUGCCGGCCUCCCCACGAGCGAGGGGGAGCUCAUAAGAACAGAGGAGCGCAUAAGAGAAGAGCACACAAGAACGGACAAGCACACGAUGACGGACAAACACACGAUGACGGAGGAGCACACCAAAUUGAACGAGAUAAAAAACGUUUUGGAUCAGUACAAAGUGGACAUCCUGGAUACGUCCCUCCUUCUGGAGGAGAUGAUUCUGAACCAAAACGUCUGUAAGUACAUUCCGUCAGAGAUGUACAACAAAAUCCUGAGGUGUUAUGAGCGGCUGGACUGCCUGUUGUCGGGCCUCAACCGGGUGGGCAGCCUAAGCGGGAUUAGCGGGAUUAGCGAGAUUAGCGGCAUGAAUGAGGUGAGUGGCAUCAAACAAGACAUCCUGUGCGAGGACUUUAAGAGCUACUGGGACUAUGCCUUUUCGAAAGACGAGUCCAGCCCGCUGGGCCUGUCUUCGAGGGAUCUGAUGACGAGCGGCGCUGCGAAGGUGAGCCUGGGCGGGGGCGCCGAUCCAAGCGAUGGAAGUGGUAUUGGAGGUGUUAGCGAUGUUGGUGCUGUUGGUGGCGCCGCGCCGGUGCACCAGGAUUUUAUCGACAGCGCGGGGGAUGUCAGCGGCAGCAAUAGCGGCAACAGGAGCGGUAACGUCGCAAAUGCCAUGUUUUACCACACGGUGACCGGGAACCGAGGAAGCAACAGCGCGCUGAACAGCAGCAUGUUGAAUGCCAGCAGCCACAUUGCAAAUGGGGGGAUAAGCGGCGGGAGCGGCCCCCUCUUGAUUAGCCACCUGAACGAUCAAGACAAUAGCGCGGUGACGCCUAAGCAGUCGAGGAAGAAACCCUCCAUGAAUGUCAGCAUGGGGACUGGUAACAACGUGGACCUCGGGAUCAGCUCGAUAAAGAACAACUCAGCGCAGAAGAGGUAUAUGGGUGGGUUGAGUGACGGCCUGGAGAACGCAACCUUCAUGAAUAACUCCCCUCGGGGUAAUGUAAGCGGAAGCAGGAACAGCCAAAUGGGCGGGAACGCGAACUACAGCCUGGGCCAUGGUGUACCCCCCAACCGAAACGCCAGCGGAAACCAGGCGGGCGCGCGAAACAGCGCCACCAGCUCGAACAACGCGAAAUUGAAUGACAUGAAGAACCACACCACACUGCCCAGGGACAGAAAUUUGAAUCGUAUAGACAUCGAUGAUUACAAAAACGUAAACAAGCUGCUAACCCUUAGUGGUAACGCGCAGAGUGUGAAAAUGAAUGGCGAGAAAAGCCCCUAUGACCAUGGCGGAGGAGGAAGCGGUGGUAAUGCACACAUGGAGCACCAGGAACAGUUCCCCCACAAAAUGAACCCCUACAACGAUGGUAGUGGCAGCGGUGUGUGUGACUCGAACUUGCUCGCCCUGAUCCACAUGAAGAAGAACAGGAAGAACGGGGGGGUGAGCAGCCUUGCAGGGCAGAAAGUAGGAGCGAAUAGCGGCACUGCGAAUAGCGGCACUGGCAACAGCGCCACUUCCAAUAGAAGCAUUUCCAACGAGUUAAAUGGCCUUCUCAACAGCAGUUAUAAAAAAUUGCUCAACAAUGAGACGAUUAGUCUUUUUAACAACCCAGCUAACAAAGACGCCGUCAAUGAAAUGAACUUAAAAUAUCUGGAAGUGCUAAACAGCCAAUUUAACUUUUCCUCACGAGAGAAUAGGAAAAACGACUGCGACCCGAACGCUCUCAACAGCAGUGUGAUGAGCUUUCAAAACCAAUUGGACAAGAAGUACAACAAUCCCUUAGUGGAUUUAUGCGACAAAGGUAACGUGAAGAAGUUGUGA